CCCCUUUUUCAUCUCUUCUUUUCAGUCUCUCCUGCUCUUCCUAUCACAAGAUCGCGCUUUGUCUGUUUGGAGAUUGUGCGCGCAUCCAAUGAUACAAGGAAUCAAUAACUGACGCCCAUAUGAAAUGAGUAAAAAAGGAAAACUAUUUAUUGCUCGGGGACCGUCACUAAGGAGUCAUGUGGGUGCAGCUACGGAUACAUUUGUUUGCAUGAAUAUUUACGACAUUUUACGCAUAUAAUUUCCACCUGGAUGAAUUCGUUUUUAUUGCAAUAGCAGACCUGAAUUAGCUCAAACAACAUAAUUUAUCUAGAGAUUUCUUUAUCUCAAUACUGGUUGCCAAAGUUUCACCGGGAGUUGAUCUUUCAAGCAAUGAGUUCCUACUUCGUCAAUUCCCUCUUCACUAAAUUUAAAGGAGGCGAUUCUCUGCGCUCCAACUACUAUGACUGCUCAGGCUACGCGCCGGAUCUUGGAGGCAGACCAUCUGUGCUGUACGGUCACAAUACAGGAUCUGCGUUUCAGCACGCGGCUCAGUUCCCGGAUUUCUACCACCACGGUACAUCAUCAUUCUCCCACGCGUCUUACCAGCAGAGCCCGUGCGCAGUCGCGUACCCUGGAGAUGCCACGGGAAACAUCUUGGGCCAGGACGGUUUACAGAAACAGUCGUUCUUCGGCGCGCCAGAUUCGGAUUUUACGCAGUUUGGGGAUUGUAACUUAAAGGUCAGCGGUAUCAGGGAUGAUCUGGACAGUCCAGAACCGUGCACAGCGCAGCUCUUCCCAUGGAUGAGACCACAAGCUACCGGUCGGAGAAGGGGCAGGCAGACCUACAGCCGCUACCAGACGUUGGAGCUGGAGAAGGAGUUCCUAUUCAAUCCUUACCUGACCCGCAAGCGGCGCAUCGAAGUGUCUCACGCACUGGCCCUCACUGAGAGGCAAGUGAAGAUCUGGUUCCAGAACAGGCGUAUGAAGUGGAAAAAAGAACACAACAAAGACAAGUUUCCCAGCAGCAAAGCAGAACAAGAGGAAAUAGAGAGAGAGAGGCAAGAGGGGAGCCAGGUGUCAGAAAAACACACAUCUGGAGAAGAGGACUCGGAGGCUUCAAGCAAUUCUAAAUAGUCUAUUGACCAUAAAAACAUCACUGCAAUCGAUCAACUUCAAUUAAAUAAAAGUCUGAAGUUCACAAACGUCGUUGACACGCAAAGGCUGUUGCAUCUUGUAUUCAAUUUAUUGCAAACUUACGAGGCAUUUAUGUUUACAGACAGUGAUUAUUUCCGCUAACUAUGUUUUAAUGAGUGUCAGUUUUGUAAGAUUUCACUGGUGUGCUUGUCCUCAUGAGGUUUCUGAUGCAGUGAGGGCAUGUGAGGCGAAGGCUGUGUAUGGUCUGCAUGGCGUCUGUUCCCUUCGAAUUAGUGGAAGUCACAAUCUAAGAAAUUCUGUCUUCAAUAACUGUUUCAGCCUAUUAAAAUGGGACGAGGAGUCAGCAUUAGUGAGUGUAUAUCUUACUGCAAGACAAUGCACUUUUGUUAUUUGUUACUGUUCGAGAAAUGAUUAUUCAGGUUUACAUAUAUUCAACCGAACUACCUAACAUGUGGGUCAUUGCGCCAAUCAUUUUGUCAGUGUAUCCAUGCGUUAUGCUUUCCUGAAAGUGGAUGGUUCAAACGCACAAUGUUAUUCUAAAAAAUGCUGUGUAAAUAUUUGAUAUUGCAGUUCCGUGGAAGCACUGGUCUAUUGUAUUUUCUAUUGUCUUCAACUGGAAGUGGUUCCUGAAAGAAGCCACAAUAAAAUUCAAGAAAACA